CCUUUGACCUGGUUGUUGCAUUCCAGGCUUGUCCUGCAGCAGCACCACAGCCAGCAUUACACGCAUACUGCCUCUAUGCUACAGGGAUACGAUGUGUGUUGAGCUCGUUUAGACUAAACACUGGACACAGUAGUGACAAUUAUCAGAGACGAGCAGACAGCUGGCAUCGUUCUAAGCUAAAAGGAACGUCUUGUCUUGGGUCUGCAUAGUUAACCUAGAACGUAGUUAGCCAUUUUGCUAAGCAGCUAAACCGUCAUCGUUGAGGUUGCUUUGUAGACACAGCAGGCUAGCCGCAGACACCAGCGCAGAGGAAAUGAAGGACAAACAAAAGAGAAAGAAGGAGCGGACCUGGGCUGAGGCGGCUCGCAUGGUUUUGGAGAACUUCUCUGAUGCACCCAUGACUCCCAAACAAAUUCUCCAUGUCAUCCAGACCAAAGGGCUGAAGGAAAUGCGGAGUGGUACAGCUCCUUUGGCCUGCCUGGUCACCAUGCUGCACUCCCAGGUGAGGGGAGACCGAGUCAAGAACAGCAUCUUCUUCAAAUUGCCCGGACGGAUGAGCCUUUUCACCCUGAAGAAGAACGCCCUCCAGUGGACAAAGACAACCUCAGAGUGUGAGAUGCCAACUGAGCCGGCUGGCAGCACUUCCCACCCAGCUUCCAGCUGCAGCACCCCUGGAGCAGGCUCUGCUGUGGUCCCGAUUGGCCCCACUGAGGCCACUGAGCAGGAGAGCUGUGAUUCCACUGAGACCACCGCUGCUGCCAGCGGAGACAAUGACGCCUCGGUGGAUGAGAGCUCGUCCAGUGCCUCUUGCUCCACAGAGCUGCAGGCUCCCAGCACCCAGCCUCAGACCCGCCUCAGCAGGGCAGCAGGACAGCAGGGACGCACAGAUAUACAGCAGACCCAACAUGCUCAACACGCCCAGACCAGACUGAGCCGCUCAAGACAGUCAGGGAGGCAGAGGAAGAAGGCAGUCAUGAUGCCUCGUGUUGUCCUCACCCCUCUUAAAGUGAAUGGAGAGCACGUCCCCACAGGGCCCAUGAAGAGGAGUAGAGGAGGGGUUGAUGUAGACUUUGAAACACCAGGCUCCAUCCUGGUCAACACCAACAUCAGAGCCCUCAUCAAUGUGCGGACCUUCUCAGCCUUUCCCACACACUCACAGCAACAGUUGCUACAGCUGCUGCCAGAGGUGGACCGACAGAUUGGACCUGAUGGUAUGGCCAGACUGAGUAGUUCAGCUCUCAAUAAUGAGUUCUUCACCCAUGCGUCCCAGAGCUGGAAAGAGAGGCUGGCUGAGGGUGAGUUCACCCAUGAGAUGCAGGUGCGUUUCCGACAAGAAAUGGAGAAAGAGAAGAAGGUAGAGGCGUGGAAGGAAAAGUUUUUCGAAGAGUACCACGGGCAAAAAUCUGGCCUGACACGAGAGGAGUCCCUAAAGCUUACCAUGAGUGAAGCCAGUGAAGUUGGAGCCAGUGUGCUUGACAGCGAUGUGGCUGUGGUGGCAACUGGUGCCCCUAAGAGACGCAGUGUGGGUCGGCGGAGGAGAGAUGGCAGGAUGAGGAGACGCACGCGGGCUGACUUGCGACGCAGGGCCCGCAGGACACUCUGCAAGGCCUCUGCUCCAGCUUUGCAGUCUGCAGAAGCAGCUGAGGCCAGUGCUGCAGUGGACAUCUCAGCAGUCUCUAUUGGCUCUCCCAUGUCCGACAAUACAGUGGUUCAGGGCGAGGUGGUGCUGCAGGCUGAGUGUGGCAUGGAGCUCCCAGCUGAGAGUGCCUCCAUGGAGCCAAAGCCCUCUCCCAAUCCAGAGCCAGUCACGUUGCCAGCCUCAACUCCUACUCCCACUCCCAGCCCCAGCCCCAGUCCAGCCUCCACUAGUGCAAACGAAGAGCCAGAAGUUACAGCCCGCCUGCUCCCCGAAGAUGCUGCACCUGUACUGGCUUCCACCUCCUCCCCUUCCUCCUCCUCCUCUUCUGUUUCGUCUGCCUCUUCCCCCGCUUCCUCACCCUCCUCACCUUCUGAUAGACAGGGAGCUUUUGCCGCAGGCCUGGACUCAUCUUCAUCCUCCUCAGCAUCCUCCAGUGCUGCAGUCGCCGCGGAUCCCCUGGAUGAUACUGCCUCCGUCGUCACGUCCAUCACAGGGGGUACCGCCACCAGCAGCCGUGAGAGCAGCCCUUCGGCCAGCCCAGCUAGCACCCCAGUAACCAGUGCCCAGCUCAAGGAGCAGAAGAGAAGGCCAGAUGAGACUCAGGCCUUCUCCAGCUUCCCCGAAAAGAGGCCGCGGCUCAAUGACCGUCAGUCCUUUCGUACCACAAUUGACAGUGUCCGUUCGGAGAAGCCGCAGCCGACAACAGAAGAGCCAAAGGUGCCGCCUAUCCGGAUUCAACUGUCCAGAAUCAAACCUCCCUGGGUCAAAGGGCACCCCACCUACCAGAUCUGUCCCCGGAUCGUGCCCCCCAGUGAGGGCUCGCGGCGGUCGGGGACGGGGGGCGCACGCACCUUGGCAGACAUCAAAGCCCGCGCCCAGCAAGCCCGGGCCCAGCGCGAGGCCGCUGCUGCUGUUGCAGCCUCUGGCGACAGGGCAGGGCCGGCCAGGGUCAGGCUGCGGCCUACUGCUGGGCUAUCGGAUAGCAGCAAUGGACGAAGAGCGCAAGAACAUCCAGGACCUAUCGAGCCCGGAGGAGGAGGAGGAAGUGGAAGUGGAAGCAGGGGAGAUGGUGGGAUGGAGGAGCAGGGAUUAUCUUCAGGCAUUGAUUCGUCUGGAACACAACUACUGCUUCUCAGUGUAGACCCCUCACCCCAGCCCUCCCCGUCCCUGUUCACUACCUCAACUUCCAUGUCCUUGGAGCCCCAACAGACCACAAGCCCUCCUCGAGAGGAGGCAGUGGGGGGGCCAGAGCCUGUAGAAGAAAUAGAAGCAACAUCAGCCAGUGACCAGAGCCCCUCCAACGAGCUCACAGACAAGGUAGCUGACACACCCUCUCCAGAGGCUGUCACUGUGGCUGAGUCUUUGGCCAACCAGCCAACCAGGCAGAGCCAGGUGUCUGAGUCUGCAGCUGCACCUUUAGAGAGGGCAGACCAGCGUUGUGAAAAACUCUCACUGGCCCCAACGUCAAUCCCAGAUUCCCUUCCCAGGUUUGGGGCUCAGGGUGUGGAUGUUAUUCAGACGCUGACCAGCUCCUGUCCCCCCAAAGAGAAGGAACAAGGGAAGGAAGCUGGACUGAGUGGUGUUAUCCAGCAUGGUUCCCACCAUGUGGACCUCAAGGAGCCGCUCUCUCACUCAGCUACAGAGAGACAGCAAACAGAAACAUCCUCUCAGCAUGUGGACUCCUCUGGAGGACAGAAAGAUGACGAGGCUGGGACACAUAGCGACUCCACGGAAACUGCUUCAGACUGUGAGAAUGAAAGCCAGGAGGAUGAGCAGCAGCAGCAGCCUGACCAGGAUUGGUGUGCCACAAUGAGUACCCAGAGAAACAGCCAACUGGUCAUCUGCAGCCCUUCUCCUCAGAACCAGCAGCCAGUCAUCCAGGCCCACGUUUCCAGUCGCCAAGGUCAGACCGUCAUUCAGCCUUGCUUCCCCAACAGUUUGCCACAGAAGAGUCGCCCACAUUCUCAAGACCACCAGUCUCUCCCCACAGCCCACCCACAGGGGCUCAGGGAUACCAACAUUGUGGUCAAAAUGGAACCUGUGGAUAAUUGUAAAGUUUUCAGACAGUGUUCUGCUGAGGAAGAGUAUCGUGGAGGCUUAAAACCCUCUGUCACUCACCCAACUGCUAUAGUUGCCUCCAAGAGACUGGCCAGCUCAGCCAGACCAGUGUCCAGUGUGGAGGCCAACAACCCUUUAGUCACUCAGCUACUGCAGGGCAGCCUGCCCCUGGAGAAAGUUCUACCCUCACACUCAGCCAACAGGCUGGAGAUCAGCCGACUGCCAGGACCCCAACCCAGACCACCACUGGCGAGGACCCCAGGGCCUCGCCACAGGCCUGAGGCUUCAGCCCAGUCUCCUAAUCCAGAACAGAAUGCAGUCUCGCAGAGCCACAACAAGUCUCCAACAGGUCGCCCAGUCACGUGUCUGAUGGAGGCUCCACCUGUAUCACAGUACCAGUCCCAGCAGGCCCCUGGGGCUGUCCCAGUCAUCACUUCUCUGCCACCCUCCUCAUCGUCAUCCAGUUCUUUGUCCUCCAGAAGUAAGUCAGACCUUAGCUCUCAGACCGCUAUGGAGUCUGCAGUUAUCAAAGAGUCUCGUGGUCCUCAGCCCUCACCGGGGGCCACUCCAGAUAGGCCCCAGCCAGCCCACCGGACCAUGCCUAAUGGCCCGUCUCCUCCCCACGCAGACACCUGUCCCAUGGAAGCGUUGCCUAAUAUUAAGAUCAACUGGCGCCCCCCACAGUCUAAGCUCCCCCACCCUCACCAACAGCAACUUUCUCCGGCACCUACCAUAAAGAAUGAAGUUGCUAUGCGGCCCUCUUGCCAGGCUCUUUCCAAAUCCUCUCCCACCAUUCCCAUGAGUGUUACCAAAAAGGAGCCUGUGAGCUCUGUGGACAGCUACCUGAGUGGAGGAGCAAUGGAGGGACUCCUCAACAUGGAGAUGAUUUUUGCCAGGAUGGCAAAGAAGGAACAAAGCAAAGCUCCCUACUCCUCUGGCUCUCCCUCCACCUCCUCCUCUCCCUCACCCUCCUCCUCUGCCUCUUCCCUUCCCUUCCAGCUGUGCAGGAAACUCCCCAAGCAAGUUGGAGGUCUUGGAGCAGUAAGCUACACAGCCAAUGUGUCAGUGAUGGACAACGGUGGUUUAUCCCGGAGCAUGGCAGAUGGUGUGCUCCAGCCGGGCCCCCGCUUGGCCUCCAGCCAGACCACACUCAGCAUCCAGGCCUUUACUGACAGUACAACAGAGGAGGUGGCACUCAAGUGCUCAUGCCGCCUCAAAGCCAUGAUUGUGUGCCAAGGCUGCGGUGCCUUCUGCCAUGACGAUUGCAUUGGGCCCUCAAAACUCUGUGUUUCAUGUCUGGUCGUCAGAUAGCAUGUUGAAGUCCCUGUGCACUGUAGAACUGCUAUCUGUGUACAGUAUCAGCAACAGGACUGGGGGGCUUCAGAGUGUACAGAAGCCUGAUUAGGGUAGAGCACACAGGAGGAUCCUGACAGGCAAGACUUGCCUUGUAUAAUAUGACUGGUCUGUAUUUUUUGUUUUUUGUUGCAGAUUUUCAGAUUUUUUUAGUUGUACUGAUAUAUUAUUGUUAUUAUUGUUGUUAUUAUUAUUAUUAGAAAUAUUAUUAUUAUUGUUAUUGUGAAUUUGGGGCAUGAUCGAUUGUUAAUUGUGCCUUUUUUGUUUUCUCUCCUCAAAAACAUUUACCUCAUCUUAUCUUGCUCCACCUGUCAUCAUUUGGUGGCCAUAAUUGUUUUGGUCCCUCGUUUCCUUAGCAAACAGGGACUUAUUGUUGUCUCUUUGCUCAAAGAAGUAUUUUUUUAACCAUUAAAAUGAGUAAAUGACAUUG